AUAACAACCAAAACUAAACCAGCGAUUUCCCGCUAAAUUUAACUUGUCGGGAACUUCAAGAAAAAAGUUCAACGGCGUUUCAAAAAAAUGGUGCUAAUCCCAGUUUAUUGCUGUAACCUUACUUAACGCUUCCGCUAAAUAUGUCCGAAAACUCUCUUACGUGUCAACACCAACCGUUUAUCUCCACUUCUCCCAUCUCGCCACGUGGCUUUCUCUUCUCUCCCCUUCCUUCUUUUUCUCUUUUAUCUUCCCGGAAAAUCUGAAUGCAAAGCAGGAUACAAAAGCAGGUUACCCGUACAAAGAGAGUACAUUUUUCUUGUCUCGUCUUCUAUUUUUUCUAUUUGUAUCUUUAUUUGUAGGAUGAGGUUUUAGCAGGAAGCGGUGUUUUUAAACUCUUUGAAAUGGAAAAUAACCGUGGGAUUAUGGGGUUAACAGAGGAUGAGAUUGAGCUAGAGCUGGGAUUAUCAAUAGGAGGAAGCUUUGGAAAAGCCGAGAAACUAAAGCCAUUCAAGAAAGAAUUAAAACCCAACAAUAACUCGGUUGCAGAUCUCGGGGAAAGAGUGGUUUUUGAUCUGCAAACGAAACGUGAGAUUCAAGCUUUAAGGAGACAAGAAGCGAAGAAGAAGCGAGAAGAGAAGCAGCAAAAGAAAGGAAUAACAAAAUCAUCAUCCAGAUGUCACCAAAACGGCGAGUUCCAAAGCAAAAACAACGACGUCGAUACAACAGAAGAAAGAGAAUGCAAGAAGAACAAAGUUCAGGAAUUUUCUGGUGAUAUAAAUCCUAAUUCAAGCGCCGAGCUAAUUAAUCCGUUGAUGUGCCCAGUUAUUCCGGUGCCGGUCCCGUGCCCGUAUCCGCAGGUCCAGUUUGUGCCGCUCGCCAAUGGGUUUGCGUAUUCUUGCGUAAAUGCGGUUCCUUGUUCGGGUGGUGGUGCUGGGAAUGAGAAGGGGGUGGUGCAAACAGCGGCGGUGAAUGGCGGGUUUCGGCCAUUUCAAACGGGUCUGAAUGGUAGGAAUGGGUAUGAUUCGGGGCAGACUGAUAGCAGAGAUGAAAGGAAUAUGAAAACAGGGUCAAACGUGUCUCCCAUGUGCAGUUCCUCCGUGGUUUCGGAUCUUCAAAGUUCUUCUAAUCAAGGUGGUUGCAGCAGUGAAACUGGAACCCACCAAAGUCAUUGCCAACUGGAACAUCCUCAAAUGAAUUGUUCAGUGGCAAGCAAUCUAAAGGGUCAGUAUGAACAAAGUGCUACGUCUCACCAAAUGGACUCUGCCCAAAGUAUUGACAAAUCUAGAAAAGUUAUCGAAAAGACCUCAAUGAUGGCCACCGAAUUCACUUCAUUGAAUCCAACGAAGGAACCCAAACCCGAAAGCCAACCAAAUUUUAACAGCAAGCCAGUUUUGACUAAUGAAACUACAACCACCACUUUAACAAAAGAUACGAAGAGGGACACGGGCAAGCCUCCUAAGCCUCAAAUUCUUACUCAUGACGACAUCCUUACCCUUCGUAACGUGCCUUGCGUUUCAACAACCGGCAAUGGCCCUAAUGGUAAAACCAUUAAUGGUUUUCUGUACAGAUAUACAAAAUCAGAGGUCAGCAUCAUCUGUGUCUGCCAUGGAAGUUCAUUCACGCCGGCUGAGUUUGUGCAGCAUGCUGGGGGUAGUGAUGUGUCACAUCCUCUGAGACACAUUACCGUGAUUCCUUCCGCUUUUUAGUAAUACAACAAAUGUAGCUAUGCCUGAUUGUUUUGCCUGGUCAUCAGUGUUUUUUUUUUUUCCUUUUUGUCUGUUUUCUAGACCAUGCUGAAAAAGUUUGAGUAGCCAGGGCACAAAAUGAUAGGUUUAUCCUUGUUACUGAGCUCUUCUUCGAAACUGAAUGGAGGAGACUCAUUGCUUUCCUUUCCUUUGCAAAUGGUUUCUAACUGAAUUAACGGAAAAGAAGAUUUUAGGUCAUUUGCGUAA